AUGUCCUCCGAGGUCAAUAAAGACGCGUCGUCGCCAUCGCGGCAACGGAGGAGACGGGAUCUGGUAACUCUGUCAUUGCUUUUUGAAGCACCGUCAUUCGUUAUGUUGGGAUUCGACAAGCUCCCUGCCGCCUGGCUUCUGGCGAUGAUGUCGGCCGCGCCGGUGACAUCGACGCUCCUCUACGCUGCCUCCCACGUCGGAACCGUGACGACUCUGGACCUCCAGACCUCGGAAGCCGGGACGACGCUGAAAGCGAUUGCCUCGACCACGGCGUGCGCGGCGAACCCGUCGUGGCUCACUCUCGACCAGUCCAAGUCCCUCCUGUACUGCGCGGACAGAGGCCUCACGAAUCCCAACGGCACUCUUGUUUCUUUUCAAAAGACCGAGAACGGAACCCUUAUACCCCUAGACAGUCUCCCGACCAUCAAGGGAGCGGUCAGCUCAGUUGUGUAUGGUAAAAAUGGCGGAGGCAUUGCCCUGGCCUCUUACCCGGCGUCGUCAUUCGAGGUCUUCUCUGUCGAGGAUCCGACCGACAUCAAGAGGUUGCAGUCUUGGACCUACACACUGGACCAGGCCGGCCCCAAACCGCCGCAGAACGCCCCGCAUCCCCACGAAGCCAUCCUGGACCCCACGGGGCAGUACGUCCUGGUGCCGGAUCUGGGAGCCGACCUCGUGCGGGUCUUCUUCAUCGACCAGGACUCGUACCAGCUGACGCCCGUCGCGCCUCUGAGCGUGGCGGCGGGCAGCGGUCCCAGACACGCCAGGUUCCUCGUCACCGAGGAGAAGAAGACAUAUUUCUUCGUGCUGGCCGAGCUCGACAACAUCGUCACCACGUACGAGGUCAAGUACGGCUGCAACAGGACCCUGAGCUUCGAGGAAGUCUUCUCGGUCGGGACUCACGGGCCGGACAACACCGUCCCGGCUGGUGCUGCCGCCGCUGAGAUUCACAUCUCGCCUGACUCUGAGUACCUGAUUGUCUCCUCGCGCAACGUCAGCCUUUUCAACAUUCCCAACUUCGACCCCAACAACAGCACCGAGAUCCGGUCCGACGCCAUCAUCAGCUUCAAAAUCGACCACCAGACCGGCCAUCUCAACUUCACCCAGAUCUUCCCCUCAGGCGGCAGGUUCCCGCGUCAGUUUUCCAUCAACAAGGCCGGCACCCAGCUUGCUGUCGGUCUCCAGCAGGACGGACGUGCGGUGAUCAUUGACCGCGACGUCAGCACUGGUCUCCUGAAGGGCUUUGCCGCCGACAUCUCGAUUGCGGGAGAGGUUGUCUGCGUAAUCUUUGACGAAUGA